AUGGACGUUGAUAACAUGAACGCAGAAGAAGAAGGAGAAGCAGAGGAGGAGGGCAACCUACCACCCGGCAAGGAUGAUGUUUAUGCCGAGAAGAGUAAUGAUAAGAAUAAAAGCGAUGAAAAGAAAUGGCCUCACCUCCCCUCCUCUGUCUCCGUGUUGAGCAAAAAUGAAGCGUUGGAGAUUUUGGAGAUUUUUUCCCCUACCCCUACUGAGAAUAACGCUUUUAGGAAAGACGACGAUGACGCGGAUCUCUCGAAGCAAAUCAAACUCCAAUACCGGAAACUGUGCUUGAAAUAUCACCCGGAUAAGAACAAGGAGGAAAACGCCGAACGCGCGUCGAGGGCGUUUACCGCCAUCACGGCUGCGUAUCACACGCUGACGACGGUGAAUUUCAACCAAGAAAAAUGGUUGAAGACGUUUUCGAUUCCACCGAUGCAAAGUUUAUCGGACGUGUUGCAGUUGGCGUUGAAAGGCGCGGAUCCGGAGGAAAUCGAGCGAUUGAUGCGAGCGAGAGGGGAAUACAGGCCGCAUAGGAAUUUUGGGAUCGAUUAUAACGUUCGGUGGGAAUCUGGGGAGAAACCGGAUCCAGCCGGCGGUAUGUUUCGCGAGACGGCGAUGAACGAAUACAGCGAUACAAAGUGUUUGAGCGACGGCUUUGAUUCGAUGAGAGUUGGAGAGGAUAGGGAGAAAAGGCCGUGGGAAGUCGUCGGAGGGGUUGGGUACGAGAAUCAAAAGAGCAGUAUGUUGCUGGGAGAUGUUGGUCAGCAGCAACUGCAUCACAAGCGUAAGUACGAGGAAUGCGAGAAGAAGAAUUUAGACUUGCUCGAGAGAUUCACGCCGUUGUCCAACGAUGCUAAAAUUGAAGCCGAAAGGUUAAACGAUAUCGCGUUGAGCGAGUACGAGAAAGGACGUUACGAAGAUGCGAUGAUAAUCUUCGACGGUAUAGUGAAGUUAAUGCCGGAUAGAACGCCAUAUAGAACGAACAGGGCGAGUUGCGCGUUGAAAGUCAUAAACGCGCUGGAAGGUUCUUCCGCCGAGAGUAGUCGACGGCAAACGUUAAUUGCGAAAGUGAUUGAGGAUUGCGAAAAAGCGUUAGAGAUUGAUAACGGGGAGAAUUUAAAAGCAAAGGUGAGAGGCGCGGAAGCUUACGUGAAGUUAGGCGAUAGUUACAGCAGCAGUAAUCGGCCUUCGGAACAGAGAGAAGGUUUGAAGAAUUUUUUGCGCGCGAAGAAGUGGUUCACCGAAGUCUUGUCGAUGAAUCCUAACAAUAAACGAGCAAAAGAUGGAUUGAAAGAUUGUUUACUCUCGUUGGAGUUGAUUGAUGAAUACGACAGCGACCGAGAAUACGACGUGGAAAUGAUGUAA